UUUUAGAAUUUGUUCACUUGCAGAGUCCACUAGUCGUUUUUAGUUCACCGUCAAUUCACACAAUUUUACAUUAGUUUUUUCUUUGUUUUAUUAAUUGUUCAAUUAUAAAUCAUUCUUAUUCCCAAUUCCUUUAUUCUGAGUCAUAUUUUCUGGUAAUCGUCAUGGUAACCAAAAAGAAUCGUCUAUCUAAAAGAUAUAAUCCUUAUGCAAAAUCUAAAAAGGAAACUGUCAACAUGAGUGAACCCAUCAGCGAAGAGGAGAAAAAAGAAAAGGAAAGAUCACAAAUUUUAGCAGAAGGAUUUAAAUUACAUCGAGUAAGCUUGAAAGAUCCUGAAAGUAAAGAAGUUCUCUGGUCUACAAAAGAAGACUUGACAAAAACAAAAGAGGACUUUAAAGUUCAUUUAGAAAAAAAUAUCCAUGAAAGGACUGGUGAUAUUAUGAUGGAAAUAGUAUUCUCAUCUACUCAAGCCAUGGAGAAUUUCAAUUUGAAAAAGCGUCUCCUUUUCAAAAAUAAAUGUUUAGAAGAAUGGUUCAUUGAAUUUGGAGAAGUGAAAGAAAAGUCUGCCUAUACUUGGCAGAUCAUGUUAACCUCUUCACCUGAUGUCAUGAAUAUGCCUUUUGACGCUCUAAGUGGCCAACUGAUGAUCGAAAGCAAAUAUUGUGACCAAGAGCUUGAAUUUCAUAAAGGUCUUAUUAGAGUAUUUUAUGAUGGUUUUUCAACAUCCUGAGCUUUGUAUUAUCUAUUUUUUAUAUGAAAUUUGUAUAUGAUAAUUUGUACUUCCCAAUUAAAGUACUCAGAACCAAUAA